CCCAUUCCUCUUCAUCAAACAUCAAACAGGUUCCAUUAAUUUUAUUAUAAAACAAAAGCAAACAGCUUAUUGCAUUUCUUGUGAUUCCUUUUCAAGAAUUACUAUUAAAAAACAAAAAAUUAAAGGACAACAAUUUUGAAACCACUUUAUAUGGGCCGACCCAUAUAAACUGAAAGCCCAACUGAAAUCCUAUCUUUCAUCUUCAAAUUACACAACAUCCUCUUCCCUCCAAGUCCCAAAGUCCCCAACCAGCACUUAGAACAGCUCCAACAAUGAACCACUCGAAAGCUGAAUUAGGCAAGCUUAACCAAACCCUCGUCUCAUCAAACCCAGAAAUCAAUUUUGCAUCUUUAUUGAUUCUCAGUUGAUCUUUCACAGAAAGAAAACAAAAAACCCUAAACAUGAACCACUCGAAACCUCUGUCCCGCAAUUACACACCCAAUGUAGUGAACCAAGUCCUCACUGCCAUGCUUAAAAACCAACCCUUCAAUUCCGAGCUCGCUGCCUCAGCCACCACCUCUCAGCCAUGGAUCUCCGAGUCAGUUUCCCAAGUCCUAAUCUCCAUACCCAGAUUCUUCUUCCAGUCCCCAAGCUCCAUCGGUCGCCAACAUGGCUUUCGACACCGCGCUCAAUUAAAGCAACGCAAUCUCAGACAAGAAUCUUAUAGGUUCCAUAACAACGUGCUCGUUCUUGGCCCAGCUGCCCACAGAGACCUUCACAAGGUUCAGCUGGGAUUGGACAGAGCGCUUGAAUUCUUCUACUGGGUCGAAACCCAUUUUGGGUUUGUUCACAAUGAGCAAACUUGUAGGGAUAUGGCCGUUGUUUUGGCUAGAGGGAAUAAAUUGAAAGCCCUCUGGGAUUUUCUUAAAGAAAUAUCGAAGAGAGGGAGUGGUGGGCUGGUGACUACCCAGACCAUUACGUGUUUGAUAAAAGUCCUAGGAGAGGAGGGACUGGUUACUGAUGCAUUGGCUGCUUUUUAUAGAAUGAAGCAGUUUCAUUGUAAACCUGAUGUGUAUGCUUAUAACACUAUUAUUUAUGCUCUCUGCAGAGUUGGGAAUUUUAAUAAGGCCCGGUUUUUGUUGGAGCAGAUGGAGUUGCCGGGCUUUAGAUGCCCGCCGGACGUGUUCACUUAUACUAUUUUGAUUAGUUCUUAUUGUAGAUAUGGCUUGGAGACUGGGUGUAGGAAGGCCACUAGGAGGCGGAUGUGGGAAGCAAACCACAUGUUCCGGAACAUGCUUUUCAGAGGCUUUGUCCCUGAUGUUGUCACGUACAAUUCUUUGAUCAAUGGCUGUUGCAAAACCUACCGGAUCGAGAGGGCUUUGGAGUUGUUUGAUGAUAUGAACAGAAUGGGUUGUACCCCCAAUCGGGUUACUUACGAUUCCUUUAUUAGAUACUACGCUGCUGUUAAUGAGAUUGAUAAGGCGGUUGAUAUGUUACGGAAGAUGCAAAAUAUGAAACAUGGAAUGCCCACUUCAAGUUCUUACACUCCAAUCAUUCAUGCCUUUUGUGAAGCAGGAAGGGUUAUAGAGGCUCGGGAUUUUCUUGCUGAGUUGAUCGAUGGAGGCUCGAUACCUAGGGAGUAUACUUAUAAGUUAGUUUGCGACGCACUAAAUUCAGCUGGAGAAUUAAAUUUGCUUGAUAAUGACCUGCAUAGAAGAAUAAAAUAUGGUAUAGAGAGUAGAUAUAGGCAGAUAAUGAAGGUGAAGCCGAUUAUGACUCGCAAAGGAUACGAUAGCAUGGUGGAAACUUGACGUUGUGAAGAAAAUGGUCAAGAACUACAGAUUAUAGUCAUUCUUGGACAAACAUUUGGAGGUACUAAAGUUCAUGCACUUCCUUUGGCUGGCCAUACAAAAUCUAUUGAAGAUUAAUUGGUAAUGAGACAACUUAUUUGAUGAUCCUUGUUGUCGCAUUAUAAAUUUGUGGUGCUGCUGUUAAGAGGUAUCUUAGUUUCAAGCAAUUUUCGAUCAGCGCCAAGCAGCUCGAAUUGCUACAACUCAACUUACUGAUGAUCCUUGUCAUUGUGUUAUAAAUUUGUGGAGCUGAUGUUUAAGAUGUGUUACAUGUUUUAAGCAAAUCUCAGUCAGCCUCAAGCAGUUUGAAUUGCCUGGUGCCAUGAGCUGAAAGCUUAGUUCACUGGACUAGAUGCUUGGGUCUCAACAAUCAGCACAGUUUUGACACGAUCGUCUCCUAUUGCUUUUGUAAUGAGGGAGAGUUAAAAAUGGUGCAACCAAGCUCCAAAUUAAGGUCAAAGUUGGUCAACUUCUGUCACAAAGUUCUUCUCACAUUGGGGGCAUAUGGUCAGGUAAUUGGAGAGUGAAUCCCUUUGUUUCUGCACAUAGGUUUUAAAGCACAUGAAAAGCUUAUAAUACCAUCUUAUUUCUUUGAUAAAUAUCAAGUUUUAGAGAGUUCAAAAUUGUAUUGAA